AUGGCGAAUGUACCUGCUGAAGGCCCUGUGGCGCUGCCGACGCUGAUGGUAAUGUGUGUGAUCUCCAUAGCAUGUGGGACGAUGGACGACGCUCUUCAAGAGAACCGUCUUUCAUACAAUGCAACUUGUCCAGAGGACUGUACUUGCGGGCUCCUACGUUCAACGCACUUGCAUCACCUCCUCAACACCUUCCAUUGUUCCUUCGCCAAUAUGAAAUCCUUCCCUCCAAAUAUACCGCUAGAUGUCCAAGCCCUCAUAAUCAAUGGAAAUUCGAUCAGAAGCGUUCCAGAUCCCGUUUCAAGAUUGACGGAGCUUCGAGAACUCGAUUUGUCAGGGAACAGCAUUAGUUCUUUAGGUAGAGGAGGUAUGUUCCAGAACAUGUCAAGAUUAGAGUACCUAAAUAUGGCCAAGAAUGUAAUUUCGACCAUAUUCCACGACAAUCUCUUGGGUCUCAAGAGUCUGGAACAGCUUGUUCUUACCAGCAAUAAGCUAACCUACAUCGAGGACAAGGCAUUCGCUGAUCAGACCCACUUGCUGACCCUUGUACUUGAGAACAAUUUACUCGGGUCAUUAUACGCUGAGUGGUUCCAAGGGCUGGACGCCCUCGUGGAACUCAACUUAGCCUACAAUAGGAUCCACAACAUUCCUGCAUCAGUAUUUCUCCACCUACAUUCCCUUGAACGUCUGGACCUCACAGGGAAUCGCAUUUCAACUGUGAAUCCCGCAGCUUUUGCAGGCCUUACGAACCUCCAACAUCUGGUAAUAAGAGACAAUUUCCUUCCCAGAAUACCCGCUGCAGCCUUCCAGGGCUUGCUGUCUCUCCUGACACUGAAUCUGGACCAGAAUCCUCUCGUCAAAAUCAAAUCGAUGGAUUUCUCCCACCUCAGCGCGACCAAAAUCAGCCUUUGCCAAAUGCCUAAGCUGGAAAUCAUUGACUCUAAAGGGUUUUAUGACCUUGCUAACAUAACUACAAUAGAGGUCACUCACAACAGUAAACUGGCGUAUGUGGAUCCUUUUGCCUUCGUGAAUGUAGAAACACUGAAGGACCUGCAGCUCCAUAAUAAUAACCUUAGAGGGAUAGAGAAAGAAAUUGCAGAUGUUUUACCUGAAGGAGUUCAAGUGUCUCUGUACAAUAAUCCUUUACAUUGUGACUGUAAUGGGCGAUGGCUUCGUCAAUUAAUGGAUGAAAGGGAUAAUGUUAGUGUAAUUUUAGUGGAACCUGAGCAUCUUACCUGCAGUAGCCCCCCUCCAUAUGCUUAUAAACUUUUGAAAGAUAUUUUUCCAACAAAGCUUCCAAAAACCUGUCUUCCAGUUGUGCUCAAUUUAACACAGACACAAUCUGUAGUUAGAGAAGUUGGUGAAAAACAAAUAUUGGAAUGUCGUGCACUUGGUUCCCCAAGGCCCCAACUGCGUUGGAUUUUGCCUGACGGUUCGCUGGUCAACUCCACCCUGAACGAGGUGCGGCGACGGUUCUUCCCUCCUGGAACCCUCGUGUACUACCACCUGAAGCCAAGGGACGGCGGCUCGUACACCUGCGUGGCCGAGAACUCCGUCGGCGAGACCAGGAGUUCUCUCACCCUCAACGUCACUGGCAUCGACAUCCACCUGUUCCCCAAACACGUGUCGUCGACCCUUGUGACUCUUAUCUGGAAUGGAACGGAAUGUCGAGCGUUCCCCUCGUACAAGAUUAUCUUCAGUCGAAUCGACGCCAACGGGACGGACGUCGGGGAGAGGAGAUCCAGGAAUGCAAGUCCCACCAGGAAGGUCUUCUCCAUCACGGGGCUUCAUCCAGACUCCACCUACCGCUUCUGCAUCGGCUACGAAGACGCAAAUGGCUACUGGCUUCAGAUUUCUUGCUGCAUCGCCAACACUGAGGACUUAGAGUACAGGAAGCAGGGACUUUCUCGGAUUUCCAACGUGGCUGUCGCUGCGGUGGUGGUCCUUUUACUAGCAGCGACUUUGCUCGGCCAUCUGGUAUCGCUGGCGGUCAGGAAAUAUCGCCAGAGAACGUACGAGGCAACGGACAAAGUUGGCGAGGACUCCAGCAUCCCCCUGGACAACCUGUACCGCCCUCUCCUCAUGGGCUCUGACGAUAGGAAGAUCUGA